CGCUCGAAUUCAUAUCUUGAAUUCUGACGUUGAAUGUCGCACGUGAUGAACGACGUCGAGGUUCCGGAGAACGAUACCUUCGGAUCAUACUGCGCACUGUUGGUCGCCUUCAAGACCAUGAAGGAACGUUGCCAGCAGCUGCAGAUGCGAUUAGCGGCGGUAGAGGAGGAGAACAUGUGUCUCAGGCUCGAAUGCGGCAGGGACGUGACAGCACCUAUUGUCAAAGUCGAUAAGAGUGACAGGUCCACACUGCAGAUCCUACAGGAAAAGGUAGAGGAACUUACAAAGCAAAAGUCUCAAUUGUCCCAUCAUAUUUUCAUGGUGGCUGGGGAGAACCGUCAAUUAUGGAACAGGUUAACGAGGUUGACAAAAACUAACAAAUCCUUGGGCAGCCACUUGACAAAGAUCUCAGACACACUCAAGCAACAUCCUGCCACACAGCCAUCUGACAUUAUUUCAUACAACUUUUGCAAUGCAUCAGACAAACAGGAUCCUAAUAAGACAUACUUACUAACUACAGAUGGUGAACGAGAACAAAGCUUGGAGGAAAUAUCCCUUCGACUAAUAAAUAGCAUUAUGCUAGAAAAGUCCGACCUCGAGCAGCAGUGUGCAGAGAUGAUGGAGUUACACAAUAAUCCCGAAUUAAAUUUACAAAAUGUUGGUUUUACGUAUCCAGAAGAUUCUGACACAGAUUCACUAGAGCAACUGAAGCAACACGAGAUUAGAUUGUCUCAAACUAAAGAUGCCUUACUCGGGCAGCAAACUAGGUUAAGAAGGGCUUUGCAGAAUAUUAAACAAAUGAGGAAAGGAGCAGUAUGCAAUAAUUGUCGAAAGAACGUAAAUAAAAAAAUGUGCCAAACAGGUACGCAAUUCGACUCUGAUAAUAAUUUCAAAGAGCAUGGGGCUACGCAGACUAGUCUAACGAGUCCUAGUAUUUCUAUGGAAAAGUAUCCUGUUGUGAACGAUAACAUGGAUAUAAUAGAUAGUAAUAUAUGCCCGUUAUGCGGAAUUAUGUAUCGGAAAUCUCUAUCCACGUUUGAGGAAUUCCACGAACAUGUCGUGAAUCAUUUUUCUAAGGAAGACAAGUCGACAGAGGAUUUCGAGCUUGUACAUUAAUUUUGUUAUAAAAACGUGAAUUUUUACACACAAAAUUUUCUUCAGAUUCCAAUAUGUACAAGAAAAUUUUGAUAAUUGAAAAUACAAAAUACUGAAAGAGAAACCUCACACACAUGCCCACUAUAUAGUAUAAAUUUUUAACUGAGACAAUAUUGUGUGUUGCAAAAGUAUUUAUUUUUAUAUUGAUAAAUGCAAUCACAAAAUCUCUUAUCGCAUCUAGAUAUUAGUUGUAAGUAUAUUAAAUAUUUAGAUAAUAAAGGUAAUAUUUUUAAUCUUUAAAAA